ACAUAUAAAAUACACAAACCAUAUUUUUCCCUUCAAUUAUAAAAAAUUCACCUUAAAAAUUCGCUUUCAAAUUUAGCGCCAGUUUUAGUUCCCGACCCAGCCAGUAGAUGCUGACAUUGUGACCAACAUAAAAGCAUUAGAGAUCGUGUUCUAUAGAGAGGGUAUUCUAUGGUAUCUGCCAAAUCCUAUGGUGACAUUGCCACUACUUCUGGUGAUACUUUAUCAGUAAGAAGCUUGGAACGUAAUAAUAAUGAUUCACCUGCGACCUUAUCGUUAGGUUCAGAAGUUAAUACUUCUCCACAAGACUCCUUAAUCAUUACUGAACCAUGUAAUGUUGAUGAUCAAAUUGUAGACAAACUAAAUGAAAUUAUAAGAAAAACCACUCGGGUAGAAAUUAUGGUGAAAAGAUUAUUACAAAAAAUUAGUAAUGAUCCUACACAUACCCCAUUACAUAAUACUGACAGUAUUAGUAAUACAUGUAUACAACCUUUUACAAAGUACCGGCUGUUAUGUGAAUACGAAGAAAGAUUAAAAUCUGGCGAGGACGCCAGAAAAGAACUGGACAACAUUUUCCGCUUAUGUGGAGGCAACUCCACUAAAGAAAAUAUAAAAAGGGGUUUGCGCCACAUAUUUGAUGAUAAAUUGGCUCGUAAAUGCUCUUGGCUGGGUAGAAAAAAUAAUUUUCAAGUGUCUAACUUGAUCAUUAUGGAUGUACUAAAAAAUGCAGUUCGAAAAAAUUUUCCGUUAUUAACCGACAAAAUAUUUGAAUUAACUGUUUCUACAUGGCUGAGACAAGCAAAUCUUCGCUUCACGAGAAAACUUGAGAAAUAGUUGUUUUAUUUUAACUGUGCACUUUGUAAGUUACUUUUGUUUAAAAUUACCAUAUCAUAUAUGUAAUAAAU